UUUCCUGAAAAGCGUCUUCGUCGCCCUUCUUUUACUCUUUUUUCCCUGGCAAAGCCUUAAGAAUUUUACCAUCGUCAACGGAGCUUUACCAAAUCUCUCUUCUACUUCCGUCUCUACUUCAAUAUCUACUUUCACUACUACAGUGACUGCUACUCAAUAUCACUCCGUUGAUACUACCCCGCAACACACCCAAACCCCUCCUUCACCAGAAACCAAAAUGUCGGCAACUGAACAGACCUUCAUCGCUAUCAAGCCUGAUGGCGUCCAGCGUGGCCUCGUUGGCAGCAUCAUCUCUCGCUUCGAGACUCGCGGUUACAAGCUCGCUGCUAUCAAGCUUGUUACCCCUGGCAAGGCCCACCUCGAGCAGCACUACUCCGACCUCAGUGACAAGCCUUUCUUCGCUGGCCUUGUUGAGUACAUGAACAGCGGCCCCAUCUGCGCCAUGGUCUGGGAAGGCCGUGAUGCCGUCAAGACUGGCCGAACUCUCCUCGGCGCAACUAACCCUCUCGCCUCUGCCCCUGGCACCAUCCGCGGUGACUAUGCCUUGGAUGUCGGCCGCAACGUCUGCCACGGUUCCGACAGCGUCGAGAACGCCAAGAAGGAGAUUGCUUUGUGGUUCAAGGAUGGCGAGGUCGUUAACUGGGAGAGCGCCCAGGCCAAGUGGAUCUACGAGAAGCCGUAAAUGCUACCAAAAGGGGCCUAUAUGAUGGAAGGCCAUCUUCGUCCAGCUUGGAAAACUCCAGAUCAAGCUACAUGACAAUGCUAGACCAAAAGUGCAUAUUCCAAUAAAUCGAGAGAAAUCGUAAACGGGAA